GUAAGUGAAAAAAUAUAAAGGACAUGUUGAAUGAGCUAAUAAACAUUCAGGAACUUUUCCACAGUUCAAGACUACAGCUAAACAACUUAUCCAAACAUUUUUUUCCAACUAAUCACCCCCCUGGGGAACCAGGUUUUAGAUAGGAACUUCUAAUACACACAUCCAGGAGUAAAAGAUGGGUUGAAUUAACACAAAUUCCCUUAUCAUAAUUAUAAUCUACAGUAAAUGAGUUUAACUGGUUACCCUGGUUACCCUUUGUACCCCCCAACCCCCAGCAUCCACAGAAUGGCUUCAGUCUCAUUUAUAAAGCUAGCAGACUACAUGCCGCUUCCUUUGCUCACCUGAAACUGCAGGACGAUUAAAUUAAAAGUCCACACAAGUAAGAUUAGCAUGUUUCUGCUGCUGCUUCAACUGCUUGUGAUCUCAGGUCUUGGAGCAACAGGACAAGGUGGAGAGCUGCAAACGAACAAGAGGAGGAGACUUCAGCACCUUUCCUACCAAGAUAAAGAUUUACUUGAAAGAGAGGACCCUAGCAAGUUGCUGGUGCAAGAUCUCAUGGAUUAUGAAGAAAUCCUAGAAGAACCAAGUUUAUUUGUAGCAGCCCCAGAGCUGGCAGCAGAGAGCAGGAAGCAAGGAGAAAAAAAAUCAUCCAGAUUUAUCCUUCCCUACGUAGAGCUUGAUGUGUACCGAGAUCAGGGAAGCUGGACUGCACCAAAAGAGACCUCCCAUUCUGAAAACAUGAGACAUUUCCUACCUUCCCACUCAGUCAACAAGAAGGAAGCUGAGCCCCCCUACAGAAAAGAUGCUAAAAAAUUCUGGGACCAUUUCAUGUUAAAAAAAAAUUCAGCUUCUGAGGAGGUUGUCUUGCCAAUCAAGACCAACGAGAUGUACCAGGAGACCUGCAGGACGCUGCCUUUUUCCCAGAGUAUUGUGCAUGAGAACUGUGAAAAGGUGGUGGUGCAGAACAACCUGUGCUUUGGGAAGUGUAGUUCCUUUCAUGUCCCUGGCCCAGAAGAUCGUCUUUACACCUUUUGUUCCCACUGCUUGCCUACCAAGUUCACCAUGAAACACUUGGAGCUGAACUGCACCAGGUCUGUUGCCGUGGUUAAAGUGGUCAUGAUUGUGGAGGAUUGCAAGUGUGAGAUUCAGAAGAUUAAAGAUUCUGAAAUUGGACCCCUACAUUCAGACUUGAAUUCAAAUGUAUAUGAACACAAUUAACCUGCUCAAAAGCACCUUUAAACUCCAUAAUCAUGAGCAUCUUCAAGGAAAAAAUAACUAUGAUUUUAGUCAGAUACCUCCAUCAACUGUGUGAAGAUGUAGAUUAUCUCUUUACAUCAUGUAUAAUCAAAAAGAAAAGGAGGA